UGGCCGAACUCACCGGCCGGUCAACUUGAUUUUAAAAUCGUCCUUCAGAAUUGGUCGUCUCGAUUCUGGAAGACAAUAUAAAAAGGUAAAUCUUUUCCGAAGAUAUCAUUCGAUUCAUACCUUUCGUGUGAUAGACAUUAACAUGAAGGUUUUCGCGUGUAUCACUAUCGCCCUUUGCGUUGCUCUCGCAGCCGCCGAGAACGAACCAAAGACGAACGGCAAGUUCAAGAGAUACGCUCCCUUCUUGCCCAAUGGUAUCGAAUCGAAACUUUCCUACACCUCCAUCCCCCACAGUCUUGAAUACUCCAACAACCUCCAACGCAUCUACAGCGGAUACUCACCAAACCUAGCCUACUCCAACAUCUACGGUUAUGGAUCUCCAUCUGUGUACUCCAGCUAUGGAUCUGGAAUCUCCUCCAACUUGGCUGGUUUGUACGGAAUCAAUGGACUAGCUCAGUCCUCCCUUCUUGGCGCAAGCUAUGGUAUCCCAUCAGCAUACUCCAGCAUUGCAUCCGCCGGUCUUGGUGCUUCUUACGGUGCUAGCUACGGAACCAACUACGGAACCACCUACGGAACCCCACAAGUAUUCCAGGGACCCAUCAAGGAAGGUGGUUCCACCCAAAACGUCCAGGUCAGAACUAUCACACAACAAGUUCCUGUACCAGUACCACAACCCUACCCAGUCGAAGUAACCAAACCAGUGAGCAUUCCCCAGCCCUACCCUGUUGAUGUCCCAAAACCAGUACCAGUACCUGUCAAAGUUGAAGUACCAGUUGAAGUACCCAGGCCAUACGCUGUCAAAGUUGCCCAACCUGUGCCCGUCCAGGUUCCAGUUAAGGUACCAGUUGAGAUCCCAAGACCAUACCCCGUUACCGUAACCAGGACCGUACCUGUACCUGUUGAGAAACCAAUCUACGUCAAAUACCCCGUCCAGUACAGCGUACCCGUUCCAGCUCCAUACCCAGUUGAAGUACCACACCCAGUACCUGUGAGCGUACCACACCCUGUUGUCGUGAAGGAACCUCAAGUUCAUGUAACCAAAUCUACCCACUACGUCCAACCUUCCAUCAGGACUUUCAGCACCAUUCAGCCAGCUACUUACACCGCUGUUCACCCAACUUCCUACACCACUGGCUUGAACGGUCUUGGUGUCUACAGCACUGGUCUUAACGGAAUCCACUCCGCCUCAUAUGUUCCAUCUGCCUACACCUCUGGAUCCGUAUACGCUGGACCAUACUCCCACGAGGUAUUGGACUCCCAAUACUCCCAGCUGUACAACUUCCCCGGCAGCUACAUCCAGGGCAAAUACUUGACUGCUGAGAAGCAAUACAUCAACGCCCAACCUUUGAACUACUUGAGAAGCAGCUACGACAACAAAUACGGUCUUCUUAAAUCAUACGUCCCAAGUGUAUAUGGUGGAUACAGCAGCUUGAAAACCUACAGCCCAAGCGUAUACAGUGGAUACAACACCUUGAAAACCUACAGCCCAAGCGUAUACGGUGGAUACAGUACAUUGAAAACCUACGGCCCAAGCGUCUACGGCACCUACUCUGGAUUGAAAUCCUACACCCCAUCCGUCUACGGAGCUUACAGUGGAUUGAAAUCUUACGUCCCAUCCGUAUAUGGUGGAUACAACGGAUUGAAGUCAUACACUUCCGAAUACUUGAAGAAGAAUUCAACUAAAACGAACACAAUGAGGGCAGUAGUUUGCCUUGCUCUGGUUUUCGCCGUAGUGGCAGCCGAACAACCAACCGAAAGUAUCAACAAUGUUGCUGAUAUUUUGAAGGAAACCACUUUCUCCUCUUCGUCAACUCCAUCCUCACUGAACCUUGGAAGUAGCCAGGGUGGAUUCUCAUCUGGAUCUUUCUCUACCUUCGGAAGUCAAGGUCUUAACUCUGGAUCUUUCGGUCUCUCCUCAAAAUCAUCAGGAGCCUCCACAGGUUUCGGUUCAACUGCCCAUGGUUCUUCCAUUCUCCAUGGAGCAAGCACUUUCGGUGCUCAACAAGGAAACUCUGCCUCAUCCACUGGAUUCUCUACCUUGGCUGGUAACGCUGGUUUGUACAAGUCCAACGUUUACGGUCUCAACUCUGGAUUGAACAACUACGGCUACCUUUCUGGAUCUUAUGGUUUGGGCAACGGUGCUCUCAUCUCCGGAUACAGCGCCCCAAUCACAACUUCCUACGUGCAAGGUUUUGGAAAUGGUUUGGCUGGUUCCCAAGGGCACUACGUCCAUGGUUACGAAAAUGCUUUGGCUGGUUCCCAGGGACACAUCUCCAACGUUGACACUCAACAUCACGUCGAUACCGUCCAGCACAAACACAUCAACACCAUCCACACCAUCACCAAGCAAGUUGGAGUCGCUCAACCUUACCCAGUACCAGUCCAGGUCACCAGACACGUACCAGUUGCUCACCCAUACCCUGUCCCAGUUCCCAAGGCCGUACCUGUACCAUACAACGUACAUGUUCCAGUACCUGUUGACAAGCCUUACCCUGUCAAAGUUCCAAGCCCUGUUCCAGUACCAUUCCAUGUGAACGUACCAGUUCCAGUAGACAAACCAUACCCGGUACCAGUCGAAAAAACCGUGAGAGUACCUGUAGAGAAACCAGUAUACAUCAGGGUUCCCCAUCCAGUCGCAGUUCCACAACCACAACCCGUCCCAGUUAGGGUUGCCAAGCCUGUACCAGUGCAAGUGCCAACUCCAGUCGUUGUCAAGGUUCCAGAAAUCUACAACGUACACAAAGUCGAUUACGCUGUAGCCCCAACCUACGGUGUACACUACGACGGAGUAUACGGUGCUCAACACCAAUACGGAGGACUUUAUGGAACUCAACACCACCAGUUGGUUGACGGUGCCACCAUCCUCGCACCAGAACACCACAUCGAUGCUGCCAACUCCGCUGCCCAUUUUGAGGCUUCCAAUGCUUUGGCCGCUCAACAGAUCGCCGAUGCUCAAUACGGAAGCGCUGCCACAUUCGGUAAUGGAUUCACCAGUGGAUCUUACCAAAUCCAACCAGCCCAGUUGGUAGGAUCAUACCAGGUUCCAGUUGGUGAGUCAGUCUAUGGAGAUUUGCCCAGCAUCGUUGAUGCCAAGUACGCCUUCAAGAGGGAAACAGAAAAGAAGAAGACCGGUUCUGAGGAAAAAAAGAAGUUGUAAAUAAAAUCAGAUCAUGUUAUUAGGAAUCAAUUGAAAUAAUAAAAGUAGAUACUCUCAUUGUA